AUGAUGAUGUACUGGAAACUGCUUGCUGCAAUUUUUCCUCUUCUGUCAUUGGCCAUGGUCUCGUCCGGUGAUAAGGAUAGUGAAAUUCUUCUGGAAAUUAGGGAUUCGUUAGCAAAUCAUUCGUCUCUUAGCAAUUGGAAUGCUUCCACUAGUCCAUGCAACGGGGACAAGGCGAACUGGAUCGGCGUGAUUUGCUCUAGGGGUAAAAUAUGGGGUUUGCAGUUUGAGAACAUGGGCUUACAAGGGGAUGUGAAUGUUGAAAUCCUCGAAGCAUUGCCUACGUUGCGCACUCUAAGCCUUAUGAACAAUGAUUUUGAAGGUGCAAUGUUUGACGUGAGGAAACUGGGUGCAUUGAAGGCUUUGUAUCUGUCGAAUAAUCGUUUUACCGGAGAGAUACCUGAUGAUGCGUUCAAAGGGAUGAGAUGGUUGAAGAAAGUGGUGCUGGCUAAUAAUGAUUUCACUGGUAAAAUUCCAUCCUCGAUAACCAUGUUGCCCAGGCUUUUGAUGCUGAGACUGGAAGGGAAUCAAUUUGGUGGUCGGAUACCUGAUUUUAAGCAGAGUCCAAAGGUGGCUAGCUUUGCAAACAAUCGAUUGGAAGGUCCCAUCCCCGCAAGCUUAAGCCAUUUGGGUGCAACCAUGUUCUCAGGCAACAAGAAUUUAUGUGGGAAACCAUUACAAGAAUGCAGGUGGAGUGGUCCAAUGGAGAGUCCCAUUUUCACUUCCACCCCGGACCCGGAAGACAAGGCACCACCACAUGCCUUCACACUAGCGCUAAUUCUGACAUGUCUAGUACUAGUACUGCUCAUCAUCCCAGCACUCGUAUUAAUAUAUCUGUCUAGAAGGACCCAAAAUCCUCAAGCAUCACAGGGGACAAAUGCUGUCGAGUCAAAGGGAAAAAAGGCGGUGAGGAGUCUUGAGCAUGGGAAACUCACUUUCUUGAAAGAUACGUCCCAAAGGUUUGAUCUGCAAGAUUUGUUAAGAGCCUCGGCCGAGGUUCUUGGGAGUGGGAAUUUUGCAGCUUCGUACAAGGUGGUGAUGCACGAUGGACCCGUGGCGGUGAAGAGGCAUAAGCAAAUGAACAAUGAGGGGAAGGAAGUUUUUGAUGAGCACAUGAGGAGGUUAGGGAGGUUGAACCAUCAAAACUUGUUGCCUCUGGCCGCCUAUCACUACAUGAAAGAUGAAAAAUUGUUGGUCUCUAACUACAUGCAAAAUGGCAGCUUGGCUACUCACCUUCAUGGCAACAAUAAACCUAGUCUUGAUUGGGAAAGUCGAGUGAAGAUCAUAAAAGGCGUGGCAAGGGGCUUGAGUUACCUAUACAAAGAGCUCCCAACCCUAAUGCUACCCCAUGGCAAUUUGAAAUCUUCCAACGUGCUUCUCGACGACAUCUUUAACCCAUUGUUAUGUGAUUACGGAUUAGCACCGAUGGUCAACCAAGAGCAAAUCCACUUGUUCAUGGCAGCUUACAAAUCACCCGAGUUUUCUCUUAAAGGUCGCAUAAGCAAGAAAACCGAUGUGUGGUGCUUUGGGAUAUUGAUAUUGGAGCUCGUAACGGGUAAGUUCCCAGAGAACUAUCUAAACCCUAACUACGAUACUCAAACGAGUUUAGUCACUUGGGUCACCGACAUGGUUAUGGAGAAGAAGAUGGAUCAAGUGUUUGAUAAAGGGAUCAAGGGAACCAAGGACAAAAGGAUUGGAUUGAUCAACCUUUUGAACAUCGGACUGAGUUGUUGUCAUGAGGAUUUGAGUGUUCGACCCGAGUUAAAGCAAGUGGUGCAAGAAAUUGAACAACUGGAUGAUCAUCAUGAUUUCCCUUCAUCCAUACCUGAACUGAAUUUCGAAAUGUCACAAUUGUCUCCAUAA